UAUUGCGCAGUUGGAAAAAUUGCUGAGCAGGGACGCGGGACGUCGUCCACGAGAGGCAACUCGUGAGCGUUUACCGGCCAACGAGUUGGCUGAAUAACGAGGAGAUAUUAGAAAAGUGAAACAGAGAGAAAUAGAUAGAUAGACAAAACAUCCGAGCCAUGACGAACUCCGCGCCCAAGUUAGAUAACGCCAAGGUGGAUCGGCAGGCCUCGCCGAAGGUCGGGUAUCAGUACCAGCACAACCACCAUCAUAAUCGUUCCAACAGUAAAUCGUCGCCGUUCCUAUACAAGAACGGCCGCCAUACAGUCAGAAAUGCUAAAGAUGGACGGCAGAGCUGCAGCCCGUACAGCCCGUCGUCCAAAAGCGCGAGAAACUCGCCACAACAGCAGCAGCAGCAGCAACAACAGCAGCAACAGCAGCAUACACCACAGCAACAACAACGUUGCGAGCAGCGCAGUCCGAGCAGCAGCCCGACCAAUAACUUCUACGCGGGCGCCAAGUUCUCGGAAACACCGUCGCCCGCGAGCGUGCCCAAGCCGCCAAGUCAUUGGACGAGCAGAUUGAUGGACAGCUGCGGCCAAUCAGACAGCGUAAGCGAACACACGAGGCAAUUGCGUAUAGUGCUGAACGUCCAGGCCUGAUACCCAAAAACCAACGUAUAUACCAACAACGCGCGAGGGGAGAAGCGGCGACCGUCAACAGCUCUGGAAGAAUCAGGUACAGUAGGGAAUUAUCGUCGAUAAAAUCAUCGGCCGAAAAGACUGCGAGAAUAAGAGAGACGAUGAUACCGACGAUGAUGAGGAAAAAUGUGAAGAUUAUGAUGACGACGAUGAUGGUGACACCGUGUGCGGUUCAUAUACACACGGGUUUUCGAUUUUAUCGCGCGAGUGGAUACCCGUAAUCCGUUCUUUACUCUUAAGAUACAUCCAGCAUACAAACUUCAAAUCGUAUAUAAACUAUGCACCGCGGGGGGGGAGGGCUGACGACGCGAUGCAUCGGUGCGUCCCGAUGCCGCGAUCGAUGUGUGCGCGCGAGAGAUACAUUAUAUAUGUAUAUAUAUGCGUUCUGGAACUCCCAUCACGCGCCACCAUUGUGACAAAAUGUAAGUAAUACUGUAUUUUAGAUUAUCGUAUACCGCUAAACUUACAAAAAGGAACACAAGGAGAGAGCCCCACGUACAUACAUAUAUAUAUUAUCUAUAACAUCCGACACACACACAGAGAGAAAAGAGUACAUCCUCAGUCUGACGAGACGACAAGCGCGGACGAGCGAAGCGUAACGCUUCGCGAUUUUUUUGUCGAACGAUGGACUUCAAUAUCGACGCGUUGAAAAAAAA